UGUGGUUUGGCCUAGUGUUGAUGAUCUUACUGUGCUGGGGGAGCUAUUUUGUGGGGAGGAUGAAGGAACUUGGGAGCAUGCUAGUACAAACAAUGGUUAUGUGCAUGGCCCUGGCAUCGUUGCUAUUGCUGUGCUGGGGGAGCUAUCUUGUGGACAUGAUGGGGGAAUACAUCUCUCUCUCUCUACCUGGGUUUGACGUGGAUGGUUUCAUUAUGCAGGCUCCCAAGGUCCUUGUUCACCCUUAUGUAAGCUCAUUAAUAUUACUAAUUAAUACUGCUGGCAUAUUACGGGUGUUGUGGAGUUUGGUUUCGUCCUGGUUUAAGGGGAGACAACUUUUGAGUGAAGCAAUAGUGAAACGUGCCCUGAGGCAGCCGAUCCCUGGGUGGCAGGGUGUAUGGAAGGAUUUGGGCAGGUUCCUAGGGCGAUUAUCACCUCCUAUAGCCUGGGACUUCACACCCGAACAGGCAAGCAAUCCCAGCAAACUGACGCGCCACCUGAUAGAAGGGUGCCUUGCCUACCCCAACGAAAACCAACAGCUUCUAGCGCUGUAUUGGGGCCUGGCCUGUGCCUAUCGAGCCACAGUGCAGUACUCCCAGAGGACUGUGGUUGAGGAAGGCACCCAAACUGCAGCUGAGGACACCGUGGCUGAGAUAGGGACACAAACAAUGACAACUACAGUAAUUGCCCCAGUAGUAAAAAAGAAACAGUGGACCAGGAGGUCAACAGGUCCAUAUCAUCGACUAGUAAGGGAAGAGGAAGAAGAGGAGGAGAGGUUUGAGCAGGAAGCCGGUCCUUCAGCAAAGAAGUGGGAGGAAGGAGUGAGAGAAAUCAGACAAGAAGCAGAAACUACCCGGUCUCUGACCUCAUCCGAACUUCGAGAUAUGCGGAAAGAUUACAGCCGCCAGCCUGGUGAGCGAAUUGCUGCCUGGCUGCUUCGAUGCUGGGAUAAUGGGGCCGACAGUCAGCAACUGGAAGGCAGGGAAGCCCAACAGCUGGGAUCCCUCGCUAGAAACCGAGGAAUUGAGAGGGGAAUUGGAAAAGAGACAGCAAUUUGCAGUCUCUGGAGACGGCUGCUUUCAAGUGUGAGGGCAAGAUACCCAUUCAAGGAAGAUCUUGUCAACUUCCCAGGAAAGUGGACCACCGCAGAUGAAGGCAUCCAGUACCUGAGAGAACUAGCAGUGUUGGAAGUCAUCUAUAGUGAUCUAGAUGAUGAGGAGGUCUCCAAAGAUCCAGAGGAUGUCCUGUGCACACGGGCCAUGUGGAGGAAGGUGAUUCAAAGUGCCCCAGCAUCGUAUUCUAACAGCUUGGCAGCAAUGUAUUUCCCAGAUAGGGACACACCAACUGUGGAGAAGGUGUCUUCUUGGCUUCAGAACUUUGAAGAAAACCUCUGUACCUCCUCCUCCCUACGGGCCAGCACGUUGGCUGUCAGAGGUACCCCAAGAAAUCAGUCAUCUCCUGCUCCGGUCAGAGGGAAAGGGAGUCCCAGGUAUAUGUCACGUGGUACACUCUGGUUUUUCCUGCGUGACCAAGGGGAGGACAUGAGGAAGUGGGAUGGUGAACCCACCUUUAAGUUGGAAGCCCGUGUUCGUGAACUAAGAGGGAAGACAGCUGUUAAGAAGGGGACACCCAAGAAGGCCAUGGUGAAGCAGGCUGUCCCCCUGCAGCCCAUGGAGGAAGGAUGAGGGGGUGUAGCGAUUCCACCUGCAGCCCGUGGAGGACCCCACGCCGGAGCAGGUGGAGACACCUGAAGGAGGCUGCGGCCCGUGGGAAGCCCACGCUGGAGCAAGUUCCUGGCCGGACCGGUGGACCCGUGAAGAGGGGAGCCCACGCCAGGGCAGGUUUGCUGGCAGGACUUGUGGCCCCGUGGGGGACCCCACGCUGGAGCAGUUUGCUCCUGAAGGUCUGCACCCCGUGAGAGGGACUCCAUGCUGGAGCAGGGGAACGAUGAGAGGAGUCCUCCCCCUGAGGAUGAAGAAGCGGCAGAAACACCGUGAGAUGAACUGACCAUAACCCCCAUUCCCCGUCCCCCUGUGCCGCUGAGGGGGGGAAGGUUGAAGCCGGGAGUGAAGUUGAGCCCGGGAAGAUGGGAGGGGUGGGGGGAAGUGUUUUAAGAGUUGAUUUUAUUUUCUCAUUCCUCUACUCUGUUUUGCCUAGUAAUAAAUUAGAUGAAUUCCCUCUCUAAGUUUGGUCUGUUUUGCUCGUGCCGAUAAUUAGUGAGUGAUCUCU